AUUUACCUGUUCUCCUUCUCUUUUCUUCAUCAACAAGACAGUGAUAGAGCUCAUUUCUGCUCAUUCUAUAUACCUAGUUAGCUAGUUAUCUAGAAGUUAGCUAGCUAGAACUAUUAAAAGCUAGCGAGGUGAGUCACAUGAAACUUGAAGUUCAAUGGUACAGGAGGCAAGGACCUCCUCUGCCUCAUUGCUAGUUACACCCCUGUGCAUGCUGAUGCUCUACUAAAUAGGCUUACGCUUACCGAAUAGAUCGAGAACAAGAUCCCUCAGUUAUAAGAUUUAGAUACGGAGUUCUAUUACCUCCUAAUGUUAACACUCUCUUCUCAUCUUGUGAUUGCUACUGCUGAUUCUGUACCAGUAGAAGCAAACACUGAAGCAGUGGAUAACGAUACUUGCUGGACAACGGUACAAAUGCCCUGUGAAAUUACAUCAACGACACCAGCUGGUUUAAUAAAAGAUCUCAGCUCUAUUGGUUCAACAGUGAUCAAAGAUCAUGACCUGGAUUGUUAUCCUUGGAUGUUUCGUAAUUCAGCAAAUGGAAAAUGUGAAUGUAGUAACAUUCCACAUCACUCUGUACUUUGUGAUGCUGAAAUCAGCAGGAUAUCCAUUCUUGAUUGCUAUUGUAUGACUUACGAUAGUGAGAGCAAUGAAACUCAACUAGGAAGAUGUGUGUAUGGUUGCGGGCAUAAAACAGACACCGUCUUUUAUCCACUUCCAAAUAACACGGACGAUCUUAAUUCAUACUCUUGUGGAAGAAUGAACCGCGAUUCAACACUGUGUGGAAAGUGUCUACCAGGAUAUUCACCACUCUUGUACUCAUAUGAAAUGAAAUGCAUGAACUGUACGGGAGAGAACAUGACCUACAACUGGAUCAAGUAUAUAGCAGUUGCUUACAUUCCUUUAACAUUCUUCUUUUUCUUUGUCGUAAUCUUCAAAAUAAAUGGAACUUCACCAAUGCUGAAAGGUUUCAUUAGUAUUUCCCAAGGAAUGUUUUCACCUAUAGCGGUAAGAGCUUUUCUUUCAGUUGUUUCAAGGAAAGCUUUUUAUAUUGAGAAUUUCAUUAGAGCUUUAGGUAGCUUUUAUGGUAUAUGGAAUUUGGAUUUCUUUCGUACAGUCAUUCCACCUAUUUGUGCAACGGACAUUAGUCAAAUACAAGUGCUUGCUUUGGAUUAUGCUAUUGCCUUUUAUCCAUUGGUACUGGUUAUUCUGACUUACUUUCUCAUUAGCUUGCAUAGCCGUGAUGUAUGUAUAGUUGUUUGGUUGUGGAGACCUUUUCAUAAAGUUUUCAGUUUAGUUGGUCAAAACUGAGAUAUGGAAGGGUCGAUUGUGAAUGCUUUUGCGACCUUCUUUUUACUCUCCUACUUAAAAUUUCUCAACACUACUACUGAGUUGCUAAUAUUUACUAGAAUGUAUGUACUGAAGGACAACAGCAAAGAAUAUGUUAUAAAGCAUGUACUUUACUAUGAUGCCACAGUGAAAUACUUGGGACAAGAACAUCUUCCGUACGCAAUAGUAGCUUUGUUUGUCGGAGUUUUUGUUGUAAUAUUUCCAAUAGUGUUUCUGAUUGUAUAUCCCAUGAAAUGGUUUCAGAAAUGUCUUAAUUGUUUCAAAGUUUAGCAUCAACGUCUUGACAUGUUUGUCAACUGUUAUCAAGGUUACUACAAGGAUGGAACGAAUGGUACCAGAGAUUAUCGCUGGUUUUCUGUUACCUACUUUUUUCUUCAGAUGAUUGUGUUCGUACUAUUCUCAGUCUCGCUAAGUAUCUAUUGUUUUUCCAUCGGAGUGAUAUUCAUAAUUACCCUCAUGUUUAUGCAACUGUCAUUACGACCAUACAAGGAACAAUUCAAAAAGUAUAACAUAACUGAUGCCUUCAUGCUGCUGAUUCUUAGUGGAGUGUUUAUUAUUAUCAUCGCAGGAGACGAAGCUGGCAUCAAAGAUUCCUACUUCAGUAGAUUUUCUUAUUCAUUUCUAGCCCUCAUUGCAAUUGUCCCGAUAAUCUACUUUCUUGUAGUAACUAUUUGGUGGCUCUUGGUAAGGAAACAAUUCAAAACUUGGUGCAUAAACAAACUUCGUAGCUUUCGUGCUCAGCCUGAAAUCCCACAAAUUGAUGAGUCAUUUUCGGAGAGUAAUAUUCUAGAGAAUCCAUCAGAUUACUCAUCAUCAAAUACCUCGCUGAUUUCUGCCCCAGGAAAAGAUUCAAAGUAUGGCUCUGUUGCUUAAUUGUGCUGUAUAGCCAUGAUUGUAUGCUGAGUAGUAGAGUGUAUUGUCUGAAAGUGUAGCUUAAGCCUACACAAAUAGGUGUUUGUGCACAGUGCACAGUAUACAUGCAUAGAGACUAUGUUUUUGUGUUCUUAAAAACUAGAGCGCACUAAAUUGCAACCCCCUCAGUGUUAUUCGGAUUCUAUUUUGGUAU